GUAAAUUACCCAAAUCUGUCAUGGUAAUGUACUAAGAAAAAAAAACAAUCACAGUUUCGUAUUUUUACAUUUGCUAUAACUAUAAAUGUAGCAUUGCGGUUAAAUCGCUAGUUUGGAAGAAAGGUGCGGUAUCUCUUCAUUUGCAAUCAAUGCAAAAACAGUCAAAUUUCGGUGCAGGCAUCGCCAUAUUUGUUUCUGCAACAAGACCCCUCCCAUCCAUCCAGCUCCUCUGAGAUCAGUGGACGUGGCCCGUAAACCGCCAUCUUGUGGAUACGCCUAGAAGAGGAAGCGAAAAGGACGCUGGCCCUUACCGAGGAAGAAGCCGACAUUUUCCAUACGGUUUUUUUUUUAAAAGCGAGAAAUACCGAGUUGAAAACACACGGCCACAUUGAAAUACCAUAUUUCUGACAAGUCUUUAAAGUGAGAAGAAAGUGUGGUCGACUGCGGGGCUCCGUAUUUGCAAGCUGUCUCCCUCACCACGUGUCAGCCAUGGGAAAUAUAUUUGCACAUCUCUUUAAAGGCCUCUUCGGCAAAAAAGAAAUGAGAAUCCUUAUGGUCGGUCUCGACGCUGCUGGAAAAACCACCAUUCUGUACAAACUUAAGCUUGGAGAAAUUGUAACCACUAUCCCAACUAUAGGUUUUAAUGUUGAAACAGUGGAGUACAAGAACAUAAGUUUCACAGUGUGGGACGUCGGCGGUCAGGAUAAAAUCCGGCCUCUAUGGCGCCAUUACUUCCAGAACACACAGGGUCUGAUCUUUGUCGUGGACAGCAACGACAGAGAACGUGUGAACGAGGCACGGGAGGAGCUGAUGAGAAUGCUGGCGGAGGACGAGCUUCGCGACGCCGUUUUACUAGUAUUUGCCAACAAACAGGACCUCCCGAACGCGAUGAACGCCGCCGAAAUCACCGACAAGCUGGGACUGCACUCUCUCCGACACAGGAACUGGUACAUCCAGGCCACCUGCGCCACCAGUGGGGACGGCCUCUAUGAAGGACUGGACUGGCUGUCCAAUCAGCUUCGAAACCAGAAAUAACUCGCCCCGCUCCAUCUCCUCCAACUCUAUAUCUCCUCCUUACUCCUGCUUUACUCCUCUGAUGUUGCAAACUGUGCUACUUUGUGGUAACUAGUGCUGGAAGCUGCCCUCAUGUCAUCUCUCAUCACAAUAUAUAUUAUGAGCCACACUAUUUUUAGUUGUGGGGAUAAGCAAGCCUUUAAAGCAGACAGGUUUCUUAUUUAAUGUAAAUAGUCUUUUGUUUUUGUAAUGAGGAAGCUUCUGGCACUCUUAUGCAAUAUUUACUCUGCCUUUCUCCUCUUCAGUUUUGUUUUGUUUCUUUUGUACAAAUUGACAGACAUACAUGUACAGCAUAUGUAGUACUGGAAAAGGGAUACAAGAAGCUCUUUCGCCUUCUUUUAAAAAG